AUGACACAAUUAUCAACAACUGACAUACUAAGGAUUCCAUACAAUACAGUACAAAUUUCUCCUAAUAAUGGAACUUGGACAUUAUGUUCUGAACAAGCAACAAAAUAUGUUAGCUAUAGUCUGAGAGUGGUGAAUGAUUCAUUUCCAAUAACACCAAAUUAUGGAAUAUCAAGGCCAGGACAAGAACAACCACUAUUACUAACAUCAAAAGUAGGAGUAAUAUCGUUGGUUGUUUAUUCAUCCAACACUAAAUUCAUAUCAUCAUUAUCUUGUUAUAGAGAUUACGUGAUGAAAUGUGAUCAAAACACAGGAGCAAUACCAAUAAAAGAUUCAGAUAAUUAUUGUCUUGUAAUAUGGAAUUCUAGUGUAGAUUUACAAUAUGUUAAUGUUAGUUUAUCUUUUAAUGAAUCUGUAUUUAAUAAUAAUUUCACUAGUCCAAAUAAACAAGGUGGAAAUAAUGCACAACAACCUAAUUAUAAUAAUCUUUCUCAAGGUCUUAGCAUGUUAGCACAGGAAGUGCCUUUAAUACCAAAUAUGCCUGUUGUUGAUUCAAAUGACAUAUUUGUUUUUACAAAUCGUCCAUUAAAUGCCAUCGCACCUGAUGAGACAAUUAGAAUAUUGGUAAACAAUAAAAAUAGUUUAUCUGAACGAGAAAUUGAAUCACAAUUAUUAAUAUCAUCAAUCAUCAAUUAUUCACAUUUAAAUUUGCUUCAAACAAAUAAUGAACUUGAUUCUUUAUUAUCAAUUGUUUCGCCUUCGUUAAACUUGGAAUCUGAAGAAAAAGAAUUCCAUUCACCAUUAUCUGUCAAAGCUUUACGCAUCUAUUUAGCCAAUUCAAAUAUUGGUUGUGUGCUGGUUGGUAUGAGAAAGCCUAUUUAUGUUAAAGAUUCAAUUAAUACUUUGAAGUUAAGUGAUGGAGAUUCUAUGACUAUGGAAGCUUUAGAUGAAAUAUAUAAAGUAUUUUUGACAUCACAUAUAUAA